AUGGGGGCGAAUCUUAGCAGUAAAUGCGAUUCUUCGCCCGAUGUGAAGAAUCACUUGAUCUACUGCUUCGUGGCACGAGGAACGGGGCCGGGAGUGGUGGUGCUGGCGGAGUACAAGCCGGUAGAGGGCAAUUUCCAGAAGAUCGGCCUCGACUGCGCGCGGAUGCUGGCGGCGAACGACCACAGCAUCACGUACAUAUGCAACACCGUCGCGUACACGUGCGACCACAGCACCACGGUCCCGUCCGAGCAGCACACCUUCAACUUCCUGGUCGAGGACGAGAUCACGUACCUGGUGGUGGCAGAGAAGGAUGUCGACCAGAAUACUUCGUUAUGGUUCCUGGUCCGAGUGAAGGAUGAUUUCCAGAAAAUGUUUCUUAAAAGGUACAUAGCCGAGGCCAGGGCGCACAGCUUGGACAAGCGGUUACGGCCGAUCAUGAAGAAGCACAUGACCUUCUGCGUGCAGGACCACCUCAAAAGGCUCGACAAGAAGGCCAAGAUCGGAAAGCAGCUGGAGGAGGUAAAGGCUCUUUGUUUGGGCAACAUUUCCAAGCUCAUGGAUCGCAAUGAGAGAGUCGAGGACCUCGAAGAGAAGGUCGAGAUUCUGGUCGUGGAGACGGAGAAGUUCGAGAAGGUCGCCCGCGAGUUAAGCGACUCCUUGUCUCCGAGCGUGUUCUUCCCGAACCCCUUGUUCGAGAAGAACACCCACACGCUUAGGAACAAGCUCUGGAGGCUGAACAAAAACACGCUCUUCGUGCUCCUGCUCAUCCUGGCCGUCGUCCACCGGCUCUUCAUCUGCCACGAAGCAAAAGGCAGCGGCAACGACCCCCGGCAGCGGCGCCAAAAAGAAGUUGUCGGCUUCUUAUGUAAUAACCCACUAAAAGCUAAAACUGCAAUAUAG